GUUCAAAAUACGAGAUAUGGGAAUACCUAGUUUCUUCACGUGGUCGCUGCCCUACCACAUGGAGCCUUUAUCUGCCAGCCAUCGAGGAAAUACACACUCUUUAAGGUGGUAAUGCCAUGCGUGGCGCUCAGUUCUCCGUAUGCACAUCUUUCCCUUGGGUCAACGCCAACCCACGUGAUCCGUUGUUUACUCGUGGUUCACUGUUCGGAGCUUAGCGAUGUGAUAUGACGUUGGAGUUUUGUUUCACGCUUUCAUUGAAAUGGAGGAAAACAUUCAACUUUGCACCUUUUGCUUGUAUUUCAUACGCGUGCUCUACUGUUCACGAACUGAAGACAAUUGGUGCUCGUAGGAGAUUGUUCCCUCAUACAUCAUGGCCACACUACCACCCAUCACGGAGUUGCCAACCCUCGAUACUGAAGAGAGAGCGCAAGUGCUAGACCUACUAUUUGAGCCAUGUCAACAACUUCAUACCCUGUCUGUUAACUUACUCCGAGAGAAUACGUAUUAUUCAUACGAUGAGCUCAUCGAGGCUGUCGGCAAGCAACUGACAGACCUCUCCGAGUCGAAUUUGGAAAGCGACAACAAAUGGCUCGAAGCAAUUCUCUCGGCUCAUCCACGUCUUGGCGAGAAAAAGGUCGAGAGCGAGCAGAGUCGCAAGGAGCAAGCUCAGCUCAAUCAAGGCGGUGAAGGAGAGACAGCCAUGCUGGCGGAGAUGAACAGAAAAUAUGAAGAGACCUUCCCAGGGCUGAGAUAUGUGUAAGUUGUCAUCCUCCCACGAAGCUCGGCUUCGACCAGUUUCUAGAACGACGCGCUCCCUUCGCGACCGCUGACUCGGACCCGUGCAGGGUUUUUGUGGACGGACGAUCUCGGCCCGUCAUCAUGGCGGACAUGCAGAAGCGGAUAGAACGGGGAGAUCUGAAGCAGGAGAAGCGGGAUGCGAUCACGGCAAUGUGCGAGAUCGCAUCUGACCGAGCAAAGAAAUUGGGUGCAUCCUGAUGAGACCGGACGGCAGCAAAGCACAGCACACGCUCUGUCGUGUAUACCAUUUGGACCCAGCGUCACAGCAAGGCGAGAUUCAAGGCGCUACCGUAUAGAUCUGUCAAUGACCGUCACAAUUACCUUGAACAUCGGUUCGGCACAUCUCGAUUGAUCCUUACGGAGUACUCAUAUCCCAGAUCAAGCCGGCUCUCGCUGCGAUGCCGCACUGGCUCAAUAGCGCACAGUAGUAGGUGCACCAGUAUCGUUGCGAUAGAUAGUCUCUGGACAACGUGUCGCUGUCACUAUUUACUGUCAAAAGUCACCACCGACAUAUAGAAAUUCUAGCAAUGGCUAUUCCUCUAACUGAAAA